GGUCGCGUUGUGCCCGCCCUCACCCGAGCGGCGGCUCCUGAGGCGGCGCCCAAGCGGCGGCGGCGGUAGUGGUCGCGGUCCCUGCCCAGCCGCUGUCGCCGCCGUGGUCCCCGGUCAGCGCGGCGGCCGCCCAGCCCCCCGGGCCGGCGGGCGAUGGUGCGGCGGGGCGCGCGGACGCGGGCAUGACGGAGGAUGGAAGGACAGGACGAGGUGUCGGCGCGGGAGCAGCACUUCCACAGCCAAGUGCGGGAGUCCACGAUAUGUUUCCUUCUUUUUGCCAUUCUCUACAUCGUUUCCUACUUUAUCAUCACAAGAUACAAGAGGAAAUCAGAUGAACAAGAAGAUGAAGAUGCCAUAGUCAACAGGAUUUCGUUGUUUCUGUGCACGUUCACACUCGCAGUGUCCGCUGGGGCUGUGCUGCUCUUACCCUUCUCCAUCAUCAGCAACGAAAUCCUCCUUUCCUUUCCUCACAACUACUAUAUUCAGUGGCUCAAUGGCUCCCUGAUCCAUGGUCUGUGGAACCUCGCUUCUCUCUUCUCCAACCUUUGUUUGUUUGUCUUGAUGCCCUUUGCCUUCUUCUUCCUGGAAUCAGAAGGUUUUGCUGGCCUGAAAAAGGGACUCCGAGCCCGAAUCUUGGAGACGCUGGUCAUGCUCCUGCUCCUGGCGCUGCUGAUCCUGGGGAUGGUGUGGGUGGCCUCCGCGCUCGUGGACAAGGACGCGGCGAGCAGGGAGUCUCUGUACGAUCUCUGGGAGUUCUACCUGCCCUAUUUGUACUCCUGUGUGUCACUCAUGGGAUGUUUGCUGCUUCUCUUGUGCACCCCGGUCGGCCUGUCCCGCAUGUUCGCCGUCAUGGGCCAGCUGCUGGUGAAGCCGGCGAUCCUGGAGGACCUGGACGAGCAGAUGUACAUCGUUGCCCUCGAGGAGGAGGCGCUGCAGAGACGGCUCACCGGACUGUCUUCGUCAGUGGACUACAAUGUAAUGGAGCUGGAACAAGAACUUGAAAAUGUAAAGAUUUUUAAGACAAAAUUAGAGAGGCGGAAGAAGGCAUCAGCUUGGGAAAGAAAUUUGGUGUAUCCUGCGGUCAUGGUUCUCCUUCUCAUUGAGACGGGCUCCAUAAGCUGCACUUCUCCAGGGCGCCCCGGGAGUCGGACAGCGCCAAGCCGUCUGCCAACGGGCACCAGAAGGUCCUGUGAGGCCGCUGCGCACCCGGCGCAGACGCGGGAGAGAGUCGGACAUCACCGUCCCAGGCGUGGCGACCGCGCUCACUUUCUAAUCGUCUCCUGGGAACCUGCGGGGCGUGGGUUCCAGCCCCGCACCCACGUCUGCUCCGUGGGGACGGCCACCAGGAGGCAGCCGGGAAGCGGGCUUCCGAGGACUCGCCCCAGCCCAGGACCUGCACACGCGGAGGCUGCUGGCGGCACCUGGUGCCGGGACGGAGGUGGCCAAGGGCGUGGGGCGAGGCCAAGGGCGUGCACAGGUGCAGGAGUGUCUGCCCGGGACGUGGGAGCUGGCGUGGCACCUGUGAUAUUUUCCACGUCCUUGACGCAGGACAGUUCAGAUUUAGUUACAGAUGUGAGUCCGGGGAACACAGGGAACUCACCCCCACGCCUGGGCAGCCCUGCGCCACCAAGGUGGGAGGGAGUGGCCAGCCGGCUCCAAGUUCAUGGCCGGUCAGUGUCUCCUCUCCUGGCACCGCUGCCAGUGUGAGACCCUGGCAGCGCCCUCCUUACAGGCUGGCUGACACCAUUUUUAAGCCCCUUUUCUAAACUCCCUUCGCUCCUCGUGCUCCUGUGUCCAUCCUAAACUAAGCACUCUGGGUAGAAGCCCGUUUCUUUUGCCGCCGCUUCAGGCUUCACUACUUUUGCCAUUGAAACCUCAGACCUGGAAAAGCGACCAGUUUAGCACCAAGCGCACAGCAUCUGGUUCCAGCGUAGGAAGAGUUUGGCCGAGUACCGUGAUCUGCUAGCCACUCGGUUGUUAAGCUGUAAGUAACUCUCGGGGUCGUGUUGUGGCCCCACAUCCACUGAAUAAAGUUGUCCCCCAGGAGACUGA